AUGGCCGCUCCCCCGCCGGCGCCAGCUGCCGCCCCUCCACCCACGAGCACCAGCACCACCACCACCACCAGCACCGACGAGCCCGCCGACCCGCCGCCCAGUGCGCUUGCUGCGCCCUCGCAGGCCGCGGCGGCACAGAGCCCGGCCGCUGCAGGGCCGGGAGGUGCUGCCCCUCCCCCGUCGUCGUCGUCGUCGACGACACCCGCGCGAGGCGCCGCACCGCCCGCUGUACCGGCCCCGGUGCCGCCGCACGACCAGCACCAAGGCACCGCCGACGGCGACACGGCGCGCAAGAUCAAGCCGCCGUCGAGGUUCGCGUUCGGGGCGACGGCGGCGCCUCCUCCUCCUCCUCCUCCUCCUCCCGCUGGCGACGACGCUUUCCAGCCGAAACCGCCCGUCGCCGCCGCUGCACGCCGCCUCAACCCAGACGGCGCGAGCGGACGGCCCGGCCCGCCCUCGUCGCUCACGCCUGCGCAGCCGGCGCCACCGGCGACGUCGACCGGGUCGUCGGCUUCGUCGUCUUCUUCCUCGGGAUCGGCGGCGGCAGCGUCCGGGUCCGGGUCGCAGCCGAUGCACUCGUCGCAGCAGCAGCAGCAGCCCCACCACCACCAGCAGCAGCAGCACCACCAACAGCAGCACCAUCAGCAGCAGCAGCAAACCGGCGGCGCCGUCUUCCCGGCGCUGCACCUCACGCCGCUCAACGGCACGUUCGUGCCCAAGCAGAUCUCGCUCGAGCCCGUCGGCGCGCGCGUCAAGAUUGGCCGCCAGACCAACGCCAAGAGCAUCCCCAACGGGACCAACGGCUACUUUGACUCCAAGGUGUUGAGCCGCGCCCAUGCCGAGGUGUGGAGCGAGGAGGGGAGGGUCUUCAUCAAGGACGUCAAGUCGUCGAACGGCACCUUUAUCAACGGCGAGCGCCUGUCGCCCGAGUCGUCCGAGAGCGACGUGUUUGAGCUCCACACGGACGACAUUGUCGAGUUCGGCAUCGACAUCCUCACCGACGACACCAAGACGAUCGUGCACCACAAGGUGGCCGCAAAAGUGCACCUCGUCCUCAACGCCGAGGACGCCAUUGCGAGCUCGCGCGAGAUCAACAACUGGUACCGCUCGGCGGGCGAGCAGCAGCAGCAGCAGGGGCAGCACCAGGGCGGCAUGGGCAUGGGCAUGGGCGGCCAGAGGGGCCAGAGGGCGCCGAGGGCCCCGUCGGCCCAGAACGGGCUCAGCUUUGAGCAUGUCCUCAGCAGGUUGCAGGGCGAGCUCCAAAAGUCGCGCGACACGGGCGUCAACCUCGGCGACGUCAACUCGACGCUCAACGUCGUGCACGACACGCUCGGCGGCGGUGCGCCCCCGCCGCUCCCGCCUCAUCACGCCGGCGGCCCGCGCCCGUCGUCCGCCUCGGCCUUCCCGCCCCGCGGCACGAGCGCGAGCGCCGACGCGCAUGCCCAGUCGAUCGCGGCGCUGCAGCAGCAGCUCGGCGAGACGCAGCAGUCGCUCCAGGGCCACGUCGGCAAGAUGCGCGACCUCGAGGGCCUCCUCGCCGAGCACGACACGAUCAAGCGCGAGGUGGGCAGCCUCCGGGCCCAGAUGGAGGAGGCGCGCGAGAGCAUGAGCUGCAUGAUGCGCGAGCGCGAGGAGGAGCUCGAGGAGCGGCUGCACCGCGAGCGCGGCGGCGCCGGCGCCGGCGCGAGGUCUGGGGCGGCCGGCGCGAGGAGGACCAACGGUCGCGAGUCGCCGCUCGCUGCACUCCUCGACCGCGACGACGACGACGACGACGACGACCUCGACCUCGAGCACGACGACGUCGACGACGACGCGGCGAGCGUCGCGUCGGUCGAGACCGUCUCGCCGGCGUCGAUGGCGCGCGGCGGCGUCAACGGCGCGCACGCCUCGAAGCGCGCCGCUUCGGCUUCGGCCUCGUCGUCGGCCAAGGACGCGCCCGAGGCCGACGAGGACGAGCCGUCUGCGCCCUCGUCCUCGUCCGCGGCCGUCGACCUCGACACGACCGACGCGCCUCCCGCCGCCGCCGCUGCCGCCUCGGCUCCCGCCGCAGCAGCCCUCGGCCUCGGCGCCGCCGACGUCGCGCGCGAGCGCCUCCUCCAGGAGCAGAACGCCAAGCUCUCGUCGCGCCUCGAGGCCCUCUCGGCCGAGCUCGACGAGGCGACCUCGCUCGGCGCCGCACUGCGCUCGCAGCACGCCGCCGCGAGCGAGACGAUCCGGGCGCUCGAGGCGCGCGUCGUGUCGCUCGAACGGGCCGUCGAGUCGCGCGUCGCCGAGGCCGAGGGCCGGGUCGAGCAGCGCUGGGACGCGUGGCGCGAGCGCUUCGAGCGGUCGUGGCAGGACGAGCGCGCGUCGUGGGCAGGCGAGCGCGACAAGUUGCGCGAGCUCGUCGCCGAGUGGGAGGAGCGCAGGCGCCGCGACGCCGACGCGUCGUCGUCUGGGUCGGAAGACGACGACGACGAGGACGAGGAGGGCGACGACGAGGCCGCGCGGGCGUCGUCCGGCAGCAGCGACGGCGGCAACGGCUCGUCGUUGCACCGCCAGCACCGCGGCCUGUCGCCGUCCGACGCCGCCGCCGCCUCGCGCAAGAAGCGCUCGUCGCGCCGCCGCAAGCGCUCGUCCCUCACGCCCGUCCCGCCCACCCCGGCGCCAUCCUCGACCGCCGCCGGCCUCGCCGCCACCCACAGCGCCAACGCCUCGGCGUCGGCGGCGUCGUCGUCGUCGUCGUCCCCGCUCGCGAGGUCGGCCCGGCUCGCGGCACACCCGCUCUCGUCGGCGCGCGGCGGCGAGAACGCCGCGAGCGACUCGGACUCGACGAUCGGCGAGCUCGGCGGGCGCUUUGCUGGCGCGGGAGAGGGCGCGAGUGGUGCCGAGGGCGUGCGGGGGGCGGGCGACAAGGUCUCGCACCCGAAACCGCUCUCGGUCUCGCUCGGCGCAGCAGUCGUCGUCUUGGCCGUCGCCGUCGGCUACGGUGCCGCGAUGAAGCUCAAGGAGUGAGCGGCCAGGUCUCCUCCCUCUAGAUACCCCUCCCUCUCUUUCCCUUCCCGUGCCCCUCCCCCUCCACUCUUCACGUGCAUGCUUCCCUCUCCCUCUCCCGCUCCCCUCGCAUCUGUACUCUGUGCUGUAACGACCUCGCGCUCGUCGUGC